AAGAAAAAAAAGUCAAAAAAAAAAAAAAAAGAGCAAGGCAAAAAAAUUGACAACGGCGAAAAAAGGUGACAUUCCCUAAAAGAGGGACUAUCCCAAACUCAAUCCAGAAACGGAAGCACCCCAGCACUCGCCUGGAUCAGCCGUGCGUUCCUCGGCCUGCGAAUCUUUGCCGUGCCGUCUGCUCGAACCGGCUCGACUCGUCGUCUUGAGGCUCAAGUCGAACCAACGACUCGGCUCUUUCUAGGACGACCCUCUUCCCCGGAUCGCCAGCAACGACGCGACUCAGGUUCUUCACGACAGAACGCGUCGGCCCGCUCACGGGUCUCCAAACCGGGCAUCGUUCCUGACUCUGCUUGAGUUUGUCCCUGACUCCUUGGUUCACCCCGAGGCCUGAGACUGAGCCGGAGCCUGGGUCUGGAUCUAGGUCUAGAUCUUGUCAGACGGGCCGCCACGGAGAUCACGGAGACGUCAACACCAUAUCCUCCUUCACGGGGCACGUGGAUGGUGCAGGGUCCCAGUGACGUCGGACUGGGGCUCGGGAUUGGGUUGGGUCUGGGUCUGGGUCUGGGUCUGGAGUCGAAACGGAAACUGCCAACGCCGCGCUCUUCUUAUUUGCUACUCCUGUCACUGCCUCCAUCAUCGUCAAUCUCACCGUCGUCGUCGCCAGCAUCAGGGGAUGUCCAACAACUCGUCAAUCACAGCUGCAUCUCCGGCGGGAGGAACCCGUGGUAGCCAUGCCCGCGCCAACAGCACCCAGGGCGAGUCUGUCGCCGCGGGCGUGAAGAGGGAGAGGGUUACUGACGCCGCCGCUACCUCACCUGCCCAGUCGCCAGCCGCCUCACAGCAUUCAACUCCUGCCCCGUCCUACGCCUCUGGCUCUGGGCCCGAGCCCAAGAAGCGCAAGUCAGCUGCUCCGGGCUCCCGAGGUGUUGCGAACCUGACCCCCGAACAGCUCGCCAAGAAGCGUGCAAAUGACCGUGAAGCGCAACGCGCUAUAAGGGAGCGGACCAAGAUGACCAUAGAGAACCUCGAGAACCGCAUCAGGGAACUGACCAGCCAACAGCCCUAUCAGGAGCUCCAGGCGGCCCUCAGGGCCAAGGAAGCUGUCGAGGCCGAGAACGCAGACAUCAAGAGACGCCUGGCCUCCGUGGUUUCCAUGCUGCAGCCCUUGAUCAACUCAUCCCACAAUGAGCACCAACCGGUCUUACCUUCCCCUGGUCACUCCUACCUCAAUGUGUCUGCCACGACAGAUCCAGCGCAGGGCACCGCCCACCACAAUGCGUCGACACCGUCAAGCGCCGCAUCACCGACUCAGGACCCCUACGCAGCUCAGUGGAACUCCGCGGCCUCCACCAGCAGUGGGCCUGUGACGGCGCAGGCUCAGGCAUACAAGACACAGCUCAACCAGCAGCGUCAUGACCUAGCUCACGGGUUGGAGUUUGGUACUGAGCGGUUAGGCUUGGAAUUUCUGCUCGACCAGUCCCAGCGUGCCAGAGGAGGUGUCCAAAAUGUGACAAACGGGACACCGCAGGAGUCUCCUGCGUUCCGCCAACAUGCCCCAGCACCAAAUUCCUCUCACCCAAACUCGCCAUAUGCGAACUCUGUCGGUCGGGGUGGCGGAGACUAUGUCACCGCCCCGAGAAGUGGUGGCAUGGACAGCAACAUCGACCCGGCCUUGCAGGGUGCUAUCGACCCAGCCCUGGCCAAUUACUCCACGCCGAUAAAAAACUGCUCGCCCACCUGCCCUCUGGACAGUCUGCUCCUGGACUUCCUCCAUGAGCGCCGCCAACGCGCCGCCGAGGGUCUGCCCACGCAGGAAAUCAUCGGUCCGCGCUACCCCAGCGUUUCGUCGUUACUCAACCCCCUCAAGGACUCCCAUCCGCUCUCAAAAGUGUUCAUCGACAUCUUGCAGACAUUCCCUGACAUCUCACAGCUCCCUGAGCGCGUGGCGGUGCUGUACGUCAUGUUCCUGCUGAUGCGGUGGCAGAUCCACCCCUCGCAGGAGAACUACGAGCGGCUCCCCGACUUUGUGCGGCCGCUGCCAGGCCAGCUGUACACGCCUCACCCGGCGUGGCUUGACUCGCUGCCGUUCCCGGCCAUGCGCGAGCGGCUCAUCACCGACUACGCGCCGCCCGAGACCUUCCCCUUUGAGCACUUCUUCAUCCCCUUCACGACCACCCUGAGCCUCAACUGGCCCUACGAGGACACCGACACGCUCCUGCAGAGCCCCGAAAGCGACGAGCUCAUGAUCAACCCCGUCUUUGAAAGACACCUGCGCCGCCGCGAGAACUGGACCCUGGGUGAGGCCUUUGCCCGCGCGUUUCCCCGGCUCGAGGGCACGUACAACCUCAAAGUCGACGGGGCUGGAGGCACCGGUGCCCGUGGCGGGCGCAACAGCUCCGAGGGAAUCUAGGGGCUCGGGGUUGUGCUCGCUGGCGGGGCCACCGUCUUCGGGCAGGAGGACUCGGUGGGGAUGGGUUUCGGCGUUGGUCUGGUCAAAAAGUUCUUCUUUUGCAUGUGACAUGUGAGGUGCAUAUGUGUGUGGUGUGUAUGAUUGUCUGCAUCUCCUUUUCCCCCAUGGCCUGGGUUCUCAGGUGUUUUGAGGUUGGGCUGUGCCGUCUGCGUGUGUGCUUUUUCUCCUCUUGGCAUGUGCGUGGAGGUUGUCUAGAGACUAGAGAUGUCCUUUAUUGUUUCUUGCAUGAGAUGGUGCGCUUGCAUUGUGUGAGGGUGUCUAUUGUGGUUUUUGUUCGGAGCCGUGAGUCGGUCCGUGGCUGGGUGGGAAAGUGGUUCUGCAUAUGCAUAUAGCAAAUCAAUCGACCGUGUGGGUUUGUUAGCGA